UAUAGCUGCUCCUGCAUGGUCUCACUGGCUCUCCAUAUAAAGCCUCCCGGAUCAGCCACCGGCCUACACACCACCACUGCCGAUCUCCUCCAACAUCAUGGAGCCCCAUCCCCAUGCCGCCGCGCGGGCACUCGUCUUCCUGUCCCUGGCGCUCCUCGCUCACGGCAAGCCAGGGGACCUCAACCGGGACAGCUUCCCCAAGGGCUUCGUCUUCGGCACGGCCUCGUCGGCGUACCAGGUGGAGGGGAACGCCCUCAAGUAUGGCCGAGGGCCCUGCAUCUGGGACACCUUCCUCAAAUUUCCAGGUGCUACUCCUGAUAACGCGACAGCCAACGUGACGGUCGACGAGUACCAUCGCUACAUGGAUGAUGUGGACAACAUGGUGAGGGUGGGCUUCGACGCCUAUCGCUUCUCCAUCUCCUGGUCGCGCAUUUUCCCCAGCGGGAUUGGGAGGAUUAACAAGGACGGCGUGGAUUAUUACCACCGGCUCAUCAACUACAUGCUCGCCAACAAGAUCACUCCGUAUGUCGUUCUGUACCACUACGACCUGCCCGAGGUGCUCAACAACCAGUACAACGGCUGGCUCAGCCCCAGAGUCGUGAGCGACUUUGGGAACUUUGCAGACUUCUGCUUCAAGACGUACGGGGACCGUGUGAAGAACUGGUUCACCAUCAACGAGCCCCGGAUGAUGGCCUCCCACGGCUACGGCGACGGCUUCUUCGCCCCCGGCCGGUGCACCGGCUGCCGCUUCGGCGGCAACUCCGCCACCGAGCCUUACAUCACCGGCCACCACCUCCUCCUCUCGCACGCCGCCGCCGUCAAGAUCUACCGCGACAAGUACCAGGCAGCUCAGAAGGGGAAGAUCGGCAUCCUGCUGGACUUCGUGUGGUACGAGCCUUACAACUACACGAUCGAGGACGAGUACGCGGCGCACAGGGCCAGGGAGUUCACCCUCGGAUGGUUCCUGCACCCGAUCACCUACGGGCACUACCCGGAGACGAUGCAGAAGAUCGUGGGGGACAGGCUUCCCAGCUUCAGCCCCGAGCAGACCGCGCUGGUGCAGGGCUCCGCCGACUACAUCGGGAUCAACCAUUACACCUCCUACUACGUCAAGCACUACGUCAACCUCACGCACAUGAGCUACGCCAAUGACUGGCAAGCCAAGAUCUCCUACGACCGCAACGGCGUGCUCAUAGGAAAACAGGCGUUCUCCAACUGGCUGUAUGUGGUGCCGUGGGGAUUCUACAAGGCGGUGAUGCACGUCAAGGACAAGUUCAGGAACCCGGUGAUAGUGAUCGGGGAGAACGGGAUCGACCAGGCGGGGAACGACACGCUGCCCCACGCGCUCUACGACCACUUCAGGAUCGACUACUUCGACCAGUACCUGCACGAGCUGAAGCGGGCCAUCGACGACGGCGCCAGGGUGGUCGGCUACUUCGCAUGGUCGCUGCUCGACAACUUCGAGUGGCGGAUGGGCUUCACCUCCAAGUUCGGCCUCGUCUACGUCGACCGCAAGACCUUCACCCGCUACCCCAAGGACUCCACGCGCUGGUUCAGGAAGAUGAUCAAGAACGAAGAAUGACCACCCUAGCUAGCUGCUUGCGUUUCUUCUUUCAAAUGUUAGUUUAACUUGGUUGGAUCAAUAAGGGUAGUUCAGAUCAUACAGAGAUACGAAUUUCAUUUUUUGUUUUGUUUCCCUCUCUCCUUUCUAGAUUAGUACAUACUACUGUGCUAGUAGUGAGAUUGUUCUUCUUUUUUAAAGAGUGUUGAAUUUUGGAUGGAUGGAUUUGAACUCUGAA